CUGUAUCCUCAGCUGAUGACAUGACGCUGACGUCAACGCGUGACAAGACAAUGUGAUGUGACAAAUUUUUGGCAUGUUUUAAUGGAAAACAUGCAUUUUAGUUCGCGUUUCUUAGUUUAAUUAAAUGUGUUUUAAUUUGGUGCGAAUACGUUAUUUCAGUUGUUUUGUUUAUUUACGAUUGUGUUUUAGUUUUUUAUUACUUUAAAAAAAUAUCGCGACGAAUUGAUAACCUCCUCCUUUUUUGAAGUCGGUUAAAAAAUAAUGGUUUGCUGUGCAGUGACUGGUUGUACCAGUAACAAUAAUAAAAAGGCAAAAAAUUAUUCGCCUAACUGCCGAUACUUUACUUUUCCAACUGCUAAGGAGACUCGAAAAAUGUGGGUGCAAAAAUGCUAUCAAAAACAUAAUUUUAAUGUUAAAAACGCGAGAAUAUGUUGGAAGCAUUUUUCAGAUGAAGAUUUUUGCAUUAAAGAAAAAAUAUUGAAAUUGCCCAAGAAUAAGUGGAAACUGAAAGAAGAUGCUGUACCUUUACUUAAUCUGCCAAAAUCUCCAAAGCCCAAGACAUCUAAUCAAAAAAACCGUAAUGAAAGAAUAAAAAAAAGGAAUUUGCUUAAAAAUUUACAAAACACUCAAGAAAAUGAGGAUCCAACAUUAAAUAAUAAUGGUGUAGGUGAAGUACCAGUAGUGGAUACAAUGAAUACAAUAGAGCUAGAACCUACAGUGACCAGCAAUAAUAGAGAUACUGGCUCCCAAACUGUAAGGUUACAAGAAGAAUCUGAACUUUUGAAGAAAGUAAGAGAUCUUCAAAAGGAAAAUUUAUACUUGAAACAACUUCUACAAAAGAAAACACAAGAAAAAAAUUGGCUGAACAAAUAUUUACUGAAGGGCAGCUCCGAAAGCUAAAAUCUGACACGCAAAUUCAUUAGACUAUGGACAAUAUCACUUCAGUGAUGCCUUUAUAUGCUGGGGACCAAGAUCAUAUUGCUUACUAAAAAAAGGGGCUAUCCCCUACCUGCAGUUUCAACUUUAAGAAGGUGGACAAAUAAAAUGAAUAUACAACCAGGUGCCUAAAGGCUAAAAGUCAAAUAUGCUAUCAAGCUGAGGGGCGAAUUUGUCAAAAUGUACAUGUAUUGCCGAAUUCACAUGAUUUCCGCAAUCAUAUGGCGAUUUCUGGAUGACUGCGGUGAUUUCCAUGUGACUUCCUACGGAUUUCUAGUUACUGUGGUGAUUUCCACAUGACUUCGAUAGAUUUUUCGUGACUGCGCUGAUUUAUGCAUUGACUGCGGCGAUUUCCGUAUUGAUUGCGGCGAUUUCCGUAUUGAUUGCGGCGAUUUCCGUAUGGAUUGCCACUAUUUAUUCAAAAUUGCCGGCAUUUCCAAAGUAUUUUUACGACAAUGUAUGUCUUUCUAGUUGGUUUCCAGUAAAAAACAUUAGCUGCGCGUUAUAUCAGGAGAACUAAAUUUUAUAUAGGACAUGUAUGGCUCAUACAAAAAAAAAAAAACUAAAGUUUGUAUAAGAUGUGAAAACAACGUGAAAUUUGUUUUAUUGAAUUAACUUUAUUUUUUAAUGUUAAAUAAGUCACAAUUCUGUCAAACUAAUUGUCAAUAUAUUUUUUAGUUAUUAAGAUUAAAUGUAAUUAAAAAUGAAUGAUGCUUGUGAAGAAUCGGUAAAUAAAAGCUUGUCACCAGAUAUUCGAGUAUAUUUACAAAUACUUAUAUCGUAAAUUAAAAUUUUUGUUUUGUUUUUGUUUUUUAAAGUUUAUUUUAUUUAAUAAAUUAAUAAAAGUCAUCAAAUAUUUUUAAAAUAGUCAUUUUAUUUUAAUUAUUUCUAAAUAAAUUUUUAAAUUUUUGUUAGUGGGUCGUAAAAAAAUAUACUGUACAACUUGAGUGGAUUAUACGUAUUACAUAUGGCCAUCAUAUCCACUUUUGUUGCACAAAUUACUAUUGUGGAUCACUCUCUAUAAACUUUUU